AUGUCCAGAGUAGAGAAAAACAAUAUCCCUAGGCCUUACAACCUCAUUGCCAAUGAGCGCGCCAAUAACUCCGACUUCUCGGUCGAUGAGAUGUUCAAGUUCCUCGAAGGCAACUCCGAUCAGCACGCUAACAGCAUCUUGGAAAUAUCUAAGUUAUUGGAACGCGAUUUGGUCUUGAGAAACAAGCCCGGGUAUUACGAAAACACUUCGAAAGACGAAAUUAGACGCACAACCUUCCUCAAGGUCAAACAAUUGGCCCUCUACUGCGAAAGAAUUGUUGCUGAACAAUUGGCAAACGGCGUUCCUUAUGACAAGAUUGAUAUAUCCCAAUACAACAACAUCUUGUUUACUUAUGCAGUUUACGAUCCCCAAACAGUAACCAGAAUUGCCAUCCAUUCCGGGCUUUUCUAUAGCGCCAUCAAGGGUAACGGCACCAAAGCCCAAUUCAAUUAUUGGGCCUUUGAGCGCGAAGGGUUGUACGCAAAAGGGGUUUACGGUUGUUUUGGUAUGACCGAAUUGGCUCACGGCUCUAAUGUCGCUGCAUUGGAGACCACUGCCGAAUAUGAUUUCAAGACCAAAACAUUCACUAUCAACACCCCUCAUAUCGGCGCUACCAAGUGGUGGAUCGGAGGCGCUGCCACCACCGCCAAUCAUUGUUGCGUUUACGCUAGAUUGAUCGUUAAGGGCAAGGACUAUGGGGUGAAGACCUUUAUUGUUCAGCUUAGAGAUGUAGAUCAUCACUUGAUCCCUGGUGUGUCAAUUGGUGACAUUGGCGCCAAGAUGGGCCGUCAAGGUAUCGACAAUGGUUGGAUUCAAUUCACAAAUGUAAAGAUCCCAAAGAAUUUCAUGUUGCAAAAAUACGUCCAGAUUAAUGAUGACGAGGAAGAAGUGAUCAAUUCCCCAAUGGAUCAAUUAGCUUAUGGUGCUUUGUUGGGUGGUAGAGUCGGGAUGGUCAUGGACUCUUAUAGAGUUGGUGCUAAGGUCACGACUAUUGCCUUAAGAUACGCUGUGGGCCGUAGACAAUUCGGUAAAGCGGUUAACAAAGAAACGAAUUUCGCCAGUCCCCAACAAGUUGACAAUUCAUUGAAACUUGAAAAACAAUUGAUUGACUACCCAAACCAUCAAUACCGUUUAAUCCCAUUAUUGGCCACUGCUUAUUGCUUGUCCAGUGCUGCUUAUAGAAUGGUCAGAAACCUUGAUGCAGUGAAUAGUGCGUUGGAAUCCACUCAAUUAUUGAAAAACAAAAAGUUUUUAUUCAAGACCAUUGAAGACCUUAAAGAAGUGUUUGUGAUCAGUGCUGCAGUCAAACCCUCAUCUACAUGGUAUGGUGCUAAAGCCAUUGAUGAAUGUAGACAGGCUUGUGGUGGCCAUGGUUACAGUGCUUAUUCUUCUUUUGGUCAGACUUAUAAUGACUGGGUAGUUCAAUGUACCUGGGAAGGUGACAACAAUGUUUUGAGUAUGAAUUCUGGUCGCUCAAUGACCAAAUACCGUCAAUCGGCUCUUAAAGGUAGACCUGUUCCAUCACAAUUCAAAUUUUUAACAAAAUCUUAUAAGCCAUCAGAUUUUGCGAAGUUGGAUUUCAGUGACAAUGCCAGGCUUUUGGAGUUAUUUGAUUUCAUGGUCAUCCUGAUGAUUGAUGAAGUCGUUGCUCAAUUGAAAAAAUACAACAAGGAUUUUGAUAAAGUUGGUCCACUAAUGCUCAACACCGCAAAGUUUUUCUGCCAGAGGUAUUAUCUCGAAUCAGUCCUUUUAUACUUUGAUGCUACUGAAGCGAAUAGCUCCAUCAAGCCAGCUUUGGUUAAUAUUAUCAAUUUAUUUGCCUUAUAUACUAUCAAGGAAAAUUCCGGUGUCUUUUUGCGUUUUGGCUUGUUGUCACAGUCACAAAUUGCUCUUGUCGAGUCCCGUAUUUUUGAUGAUUUAUUGCCAUUCUUGCGUCACCGUAUUGUGGCCUUGACAGAUGCUUUUAAGUUAAGUGAUUUCUUCAUCAACACCCCAUUGGGUAAUUACGAUGGUGAUAUCUACAACAAGUACUUUGACUUGGUGAAUUCUGUCAACAACAACAAAUCAGACUACGAUGAUUAUGCCUAUCAAGACGAGAUCUUGAAAUUUUUGAAGAGAGGUAGUAUAGAAGAGAGAGAAUAUCAUGAAAAGGAUGCAAAGACAUUGGAGAAAUUGGGCAAGUAG